GAUGAGGAAAUUUAAGACCCAGAGAACUUUAGUGACUUGCUCAAGGUCACACAGGUUAUAAUGGAGGACACACAAUUGGUGGACUGGGAGGCUCAGGAGGAGGAGUCUGAGGAUUCUAAAGGCUCUCCUCCACGUUUCGCCUUGGAGCCUGUAGGGCGGCUGCACCUGUUCAGCAGUGUUCGAGGACCUGAGAAAGAUUUCCUGCUGUACCCUGGGGAGAAUGUGGUUGGCCGAAUACCUGGCUGUACUGUGGCUCUGCCUUUCCCGUCCAUCUCCAAACAGCAUGCAAUAAUUGAGAUUUCAGCCCAAGGCAGGGCACCUAUCCUUCGAGAUUGUGGGAGCCUCAAUCAUACACGCCUUCUGAGACCUCCCAAGCUCCUAAGCCCUGGGGUGGGCCACCAGUUGAGGGACCAAGACUUGGUACUCUUUGCUGACCUGCCUUGCCAGUAUCACCGCCUGGGUGCCCCCUCACUUCCUGGCCCUCGGGGGGCUCUAAGUGUGGAAGAGACACCCAGGGUCCCAGGGAUGGGGGGACCCCGAUUCCAGGGGACCUUAUUGGCUGAAGACUCAGAGGAGGAAGGAGAUUCUCCUUUGGACAGUAUCAAGGUACCUGUCACAUGCUCCCCCUCUGAAACUGUAGUACCAGAGAGUGAUGUGGAGGGAGCUUCACCAGGCACCAAAGGUCCAGCAUUGCCUCUUACUUUCAUUCUGGAUAGUGACACAGAUGAAGAGGAAGAUCUUCCCCCAAUAGAGCCCUCCUCAGCUACCAGGAAAGGCUCUGCUGUAGAUAAGGAGUGGAGUAGUACUGGUGGAGAGAACCACCCCUCAGCUGUGGGGAGGGACAGUGAUACAGAUGUGGAAAGAGAUGAGGGUAUCAUGGCAGUUCCAUCUGAGAACUUGCCCAGUGACAGGGACGGUGAUACAGAUGUCGAUGAUGAGAGCCUCCAAAGGACCUCAGUUGUGACACCUUUGAUAGGGACUCAGCCUUCUUCCUUGGAAGAUAGUGGUACAGACUUGGAAGAGGAGAGUCUUUCAGUGAGACCAGUUAAAGAAAUGUGCCAGCCUACUAAUGGGGACAGUGAUACAGAUACAGAAGACUCUGUCCCAGCAGCGCCACCUGUAGUCCAUCUGGGGAAAGAUCAGGUGUCCAUAGAUGGGACAAACAAUACAGAUAUAAAAAAGGAGGGGGCACCAACAGAACUCUCCACAGGACAUCUUGAGAAGGACCAGCAUCCCAUUGGUGGGGAUGGGGACAGUGAUACAGAUGCGGAUGACAACGGAUUUCAGACAUAUGUGAAAAAGAGCCAACUUCCAGUUGAAGAGGACAAUAGGGAAGAGUGUGCCCCAGCUAGUGAUCAACUGGAAAGGACCACUAAGAAAGUUGGGACGCAGGGUAGGAUACCUAUAACAAAACUGAAGCAGCACCUAUCUCCUUUCCCAAGGGUCAGCUCAGUAGGCAUGGUAGAAACAAGUACUCUAGAGAAGUCAGCCCAGGUAGUUUUAGAAGAAACCCAGAAUUAUAUAGAUGGGGAUAGUGAUCCAGAUGUGGAAGGUACUGAAGAUUUUCAGAACAAGAGUGAUGAUACUUCAGACCUAGAUUUACAAGAUACUCAGUGCUUUGUAGAAGGAGUGAAUCAGAACCACGGAGAUGAGCCAUGGGAAAUCUUGGCCACACAGCCAUUCUGCUCAGAGCAGUCAGAAGCAUCAGAAACUCAGCCCAUCACCUCUUACAUUGAAUCCCAUGGAGCUUGCUCCUCCCCACCUAAGACAGCCUCAGACCUACAGCCUGGGAGCUCAGAAAAAACUGAGUCCUCAAGGAGUCAAGGCACAGAGAAUCCAAACACAGAGAUCCAGAGACAAACUAUGGAAAAUGACACGGAGAACCAAAUGAUAGAAGUAGAGACACCUAGAAUAAUACCGGAGAGAAAAAUGGAAAAAGGGACUGUUAAGAGAAAGACAUUGGCAAAUAAGGCAAAGAGAUCUAAGAGAAAAAGAGUGAGUCCAGUGGUACAAACAGAAAGAGCAGAAAGAAGACAGAGAUGUGCAGCAAGUAGAGUUGUGCAGAAUGUUGUGACAGAAAAAGAUAUCAAAAGCUGUGGAGAAACAAAGGCACUAGAGAAGGAAAUGGAGAGGCAAACCCCUGAGAAAGAUAUAUUUGAAAGACAAGCACCAGAAAGAAAAACAAAGAGUCUGGUGGUAGAAGUAAAGGUACCCAAAGAAAUGCUGGAAAGAGAGGCAGAGGGAGAGAUGUCGGAAGAUCAUGACCAGGAGGUCCAGAAUCCAGCUCCAGUACCAAAAUCUAAAGUUGAGGAAGGGGACCUGCAGGAAUUAGCCUCAAACCCCCAAAUCCUCAGUGAUAGCAGAUGUCAGAGAGGCCUCAAUGAUAGCAAAAUUUUGCCUCUUGAGGAAGUGCCAAUGGAUGAUCAGGAUUCUUCAGAUGUACCUCUUACAGCAUCUAAAGUUCCAGUCUCUGAAGCCUCAGCCCCUUCUUCAACCCCCAGAGUCACCCGGAGCCAAAAUAGGAGAACAUCAAAACCACUCCAUUCUUCUUCCUCUCCAGCUUCCCAGGAAUCACCGAUCUUGGGGACAACACGAAGCAGGAGGCGGGGGAUUCUCCUGGCCCCACAUAUUGAGCCUCUCCUCCCUCAGGAUUCUAGAGACAAAUCAGAAUCUUCUUUUCAGAGCCAGACACAGAAGCCUUUCAGUCCCUCCUCUGCACCAGCUGCCCCUUUGGCCCCUGAGCUCCACCCUUCCAUCCCUAAAGAAUUGCCUGUAAUCCCUGAACCCCACCUUCAGACUCGUCAGAGCCGGAAACGGGGGGCCACAAGAACUUGUGGGUCUACCACAGUUGUACCAGUCCUCCCUGAGCACCCUCUUUCCAUUCCAACAGAGAGAUGUGAAACCCCUGUGCCCCCACCCAGGGCUGUCCGAAGUCAGAGAGCAAAAGUGGGAGAAAUUUCGGAGUCACUCACAGCCACCCCAGAGCCCUCCUAUUCUCUGACACCUGAGGCACCUGCCCCUAGAGCUACCAGGAGCCAGAGGGUAGGUGCCGUAGGUACGCUUUUCUCUACCCCAGAGGCCCAGCCUAAGCUCCCAGGCAGAAAGCGGCCUCCAGCUACCAGGGAACCAUCUCCAUGCCCUAAGCAACCCCGGAGAGGUAGGUCCCAGAGACAAGAAUCCAGCAAGGAAGAAGAUGAGAAGCCAGUGGAAGUUGAGACUGCAGCAAAGACCCCUGUGGGGGUUGCAGAACAAGAAGUUCAGGCAAAGGACGAAGUCAAGGGAACACCUAGUCGGAGCUUACGGCGAGCUAGACUCUGUCGAGAAACAAGAACUCCCAAGGUGCUCUUUACAGGUGUGGUGGAUGCACGAGGAGAGCAGGCUGUACUGGCACUGGGUGGAAGUCUGGCCAGUUCAGUGGCAGAAGCCUCACACUUAGUGACUGAUCGAGUUAGACGUACAGUCAAGUUCCUAUGUGCACUGGGCCGGGGGAUACCCAUUCUGUCUCUGGAAUGGUUGCACCAGUCCCGAAAAGCUGGCCGAUUCUUGCCACCUGAUGAAUUUGUGGUGAACGAUCCUGAGCAGGAGAAGAACUUUGGUUUCAGCCUUCGAGAGGCAUUGAGCCGUGCUCAGGAGCGGGGCCUGCUGGAGGGCUAUGAAAUCUAUGUGACUCCUGGAGUGCAGCCCCCACCCCCCCAAAUGGGAGAGAUCAUCACAUGCUGUGGGGGUACUGCACUUUCUAACAUGCCUCGGGCCUAUAAGUCCCAGAGGCUAGUGAUUUCAUGUCCUCAGGACCUCUCAAGAUGCUCUGCUGCUGUUCGGGCUAAGCUGCCCCUCCUUUCACCAGAGUUCCUGCUCACUGGGGUGUUGAGGCAGGAAGCCCAACUGGAAGCAUUCCUCCUCUCCACCUCAGACUCUUUACCUUCUUAAUGCCUUUAGUCCUUCUACCCCCACCAUGUUGCCCACGCUGUUUUAAUACACAGACCAUAAAAUAAACUGUUCAGAAGAAAAAUGUGUUUCA